GGAUUUGGCACUAGUCAGCAUCACUCCGCUUUCUUCACAGAGGAGGACAGUUGCAGGCAGCAGGGAUAACUCAAGCAGAAUGAGUGUUUGGCAUUUGAACUUCUAGUGUCUGGUUUACACAGGUGAUUUAAAGAGAGCUGAGUAACUCUCAAGAACGUCAGUAACAUCAGGACAAACGCUUCAAGACUUCCAUACAGAGGGAUUUUGAGGCAACUUUUGGGGGAAGAUUCCACCAUGAAGCACCUGUCCAUCUCGAAAUGGCUAAGUCAGCUUGGGCUACCUCAAUACUGCAUGCUUUUUGACGAGGAAUAUGAUGGAGUGGAGGACUUGUUGCACCUCACAGAGAUAGACUUGUUGGGUUUGGGGAUCCAAAGUCGUCUCCAUCGCAUCCACAUUCUCUCCAGUAUCCAAGUGCUCAGAGAGCGUGACACAAAGAGAGAGCUGAGGAUGAUGGCAGAAGGGAGAUUUUCCAGUCUGCCCAGGAACAUGCACAUUGGGCGGCAGUGCCCACUGGCCUCCUCUAUGGAUCUGCUGAGCUCACGGCCCUCUGUAGUCGAGAUGACGGCCAGUAGCUACCAGGGCAUCUCCAUCCAUGGCACACUGCCUCGCAAGAAGAAGAGUGGCUCUGGUGCCCACAUGAGGCAAUGGGAGAUGAAUGGAAAUGUGCCAUCAACAGCAGCAUACCCGGGCCGAUAUCGACUGCCUCCUUCACCGCUAAUACACAACAUUAUUGAAGAGCACCAGGCUUUCUGCUUAGACAGGAAUGGCAGCAUGGCAUCCAGGGACUCUGCCGGCAUGGACCCUACCAUGGAGUAUGUCAAGUUUUCAAGGGACAAGUACAUCAUGGAUGGACCUCUGGAGAAGCUUCGGAGAGAACUAGAAGAGGAACUGAAAUUAAGCAGUGAGGAACCACGGAGCCAUGCAUGGUAUCACGGAGCCAUCCCCAGACAGGUGGCCGAAAACCUGGUUCAGCGAGAUGGUGACUUUCUGAUUCGAGAUUCACUGUCCAGCCCAGGAAACUACGUCCUGACCUGCCAGUGGAAGAACACACCCCAGCACUUCAAAAUCAAUAAACGAGUACUAGCCAUGAACGAGGCCUAUUCACGUGUUCAGUACUUUUUCGAGAAGGAGGGAUUCGACAGCGUCCCCGCACUAGUGCGAUACUACGUGGGCAACCGCAAGCCCGUGUCUGAAGUCGUCGGAGCGAUAAUCUUUCAGCCAAUCAACAGAGCUCUGCCUCUGAGAUGCCUGGAGGAGAAGUAUGGUGUGGGAUCUAUACGUGUGGAGGCAGAAUACUCAGAGAGGAAGAGCCUGACGUCAAAACGGUUGAGUCUGAAUAUCAUGAACGGACAUGCCCAGGACCACACCCUCAGCCAUGGAAACCUCCUCGGCAACAAGGAUAAGUGUGGGAGUCAACCAGCAUGUCUAAACCAAGUUCAGGAGAGGAGAAGGCCACUAAAGACCCAUCAGUCUGAGAGCUUCCUCCCUAUCGGCUGUAGAUCCCAGGCUCAGCUUCAACAAAUGGAGCACCAGCCGUGCCCUAAAUCCCCAGUAUUCCGAACAGGAAGUGAGCCAGCCCUGAGUCCCACAGUGCCACGCAGAAUGGCCUUUGACACCCAGCCCGGUGAGGCUAUCCGUGGAUCUGACAGCCAGCUGUGUCCCAAGCCGCCCCCUAAACCCAGCAAGGUGCCCUCCAUGAGAGCACCAUGCAUCCCUGGCCUGCAGCCCCUCAUCCCACCAGUAUCCCCAGUAAAGCCCCAAAAACAGCGACCUUCAUCUCAGCAACAACAGCAGUUGGGUAGCCCAUUGAGUCUGGAAGUAAGCUACUGUGAACUGAGUCCAUGCAGCCCUGCUGAAUGGGAAAAGAUGAACAGACAACAGGCAAAUGGCUAUGUGGAACGUCUAAAGACUGAGGAGGAGUUAAAAAGAACUGAUAGCAGCAUUAAGCUAGAUCGUAGUUCCUAUCAUAAUGCCAUUGAGGCCUUGGAUAAUGACAGCGGGGAAGACAAUGAGGGGGGUAAAGAACAAGAGCAGGAUGCCAAGAAAGUUAAAGGUUUACAAAGACUUGUGUUUGAAACUGAAUCAGCAUUUAAACCAGGUAACACAAACUUCAGGCUGUUACCAGUUGAGAACAAGCCAUUGGAGAUGACAGUGUUGAAGAAAGCCAAAGAACUUGCCGUCAGUCAAGACCCAAAGACGAUUGCAAAACACAUCCUGCAAGCAGACUGUCAGGUUGCUAGGAUGCUGAAUGUUUCCGAGGAGAUGAAAGGUCAAAUGGGUGUGAACUCUGGGCUGGAGUUGGUGACCCUUCCUCAUGGGAAACAGUUGUGUCAGGACCUCAUGGAAAGGCAUAACACCAUGGCGAUUGGCGUUGCUGUGGAUAUCCUAGGGUGUACAGGAAGUCUAGAGGAGAGAGCUGCCACCCUAAACCGGAUCAUUCUGGUCGCCCUGGAACUAAAAGACUCCAUGGGAGAUCUUUAUGCCUUUUCCUCCAUAAUGAAAGCACUUGACAUGCCUCAGAUUACCAGACUGGAUCAUACGUGGACUACCUUACGGAGGAAAUAUACACAAACAGCCAUUAUUUAUGAGAAAUCUUUAAAACCAUUUCACAAAGGACUCUAUGAAGGAAGCGCUGAAAUUCCACUGAGCAAUGCCAGUGUUCCAUUGCUUAUGCCUCUUCUCACUCUAAUGGAGCGGACUGCAGUCACUUUCGAAGGCAUGGAGGUCUGGGAGAAAAACGACCAAGGCUGUGAAAUCAUGUUCCGCCACCUAGAGGGAGCUCGUGCUGUUGCACGCAAUGCUGACACAUACACAUGCAAUGCACAGCGGAUCCUAAAGGACUUCCAACCUAAUGAUGACAUGAUGGAGAUCUUGAGGACUGAUUUCCAGUUGCGUCUGCUCUGGGGCAGCAGAGGAGCGGCCGUGAACCAGACAGAGCGAUACGACAAGUUCAAACUCAUCCUCACAGCCCUCUCCAGAAAACUAGAACCCCCAGUAAAACACACAGAACUCUGAAAUAAAGAGACACCCUAUAUAUAUCUUUAAUUAGAAGACUUUCUGUGCAAGAAGAAACCAUGGAAAUUCCUGCAUAUAGAGCCACAUCAAAGGUCCUGUGCAGCUGAACAUGUUCACGUCAAUACAUGUGAUCAAAAUAUCCAGCUUGCAACUUGGAAGCUAUUUAUGUCUAUGGAGGAUUAGUUUCUUCCAUAUAGACUUUCCAGAGGUGUGUUGUGCUACACAUUUGUGACUGGUAAAAUGGGCAGGUACCAAUUUUGCUUUAAAGUGCAUCAAAGAAGGAAGGGUAUGUAGAAAAUAUCUAAUGGCCAAUAUGUCAUAUCCCCAAAGAAGUACAGAAAAAGGUUGAGGCGGCAGAGAGAAUUCUUCAUAAAAAGGUGUCUUCAUGAGGUCAAUCACUUGACAUAGAAAAUGGAGAUCAUGAGCAAUAUCUUCUAUGGAGAGCUAUGAAAAGUCAGGGCUGGAAGCCAGGUUAAAAAAAAAAAAAAAAAAAAGGUCUGAGAUCUGUCUGAAGAAAUGUCAUGAAGCACAUUGAUCAAUACAGUGUUGAUCUGUAUACAAAUCCCAAAUGAAAAAUGGUGUAUAUAAUCAUCACUAGUGUAAGCAUGUAAAGGCUAGUUUGUGAAAUAUAUUGUAUAAGUAUUAUUGACCUGUAAAUAGUCACCCAUAAACUUUAAACGAAUUAUUCUAAAAAAUAUCUAAUAAAAUGUUUUUAAUUCUGUUAAUCUAUUUUUUCCUCUUCAUAUUCCAUAUUAUAGCUGAAGUAUGUAACUUUUUCUGUUAAAAUACAUUCUCCAAUCCCAGCAUAAUAUGCAGAAACAACUAUAAGUAAACCGUUCAUAGGCUAUUCUCAAAAACUCUUAAGCACUGUCUUUUGGGGGCGCUAUAAAAAUGGCCAGUUUGUUUUGAGAGACCCGCCCCAACAAUGUUACACAACCAACGGUGUGAGUUGGGGCAGGACUAUCACUUUAUUUGACCAACGGCAGACGGGGUAAUAUUCCGAAAGCUAUUUUGAAAACAGCAUUUAUUUUUACAAUUUCGUUUGCUGGCGCUAGUGGCAUAGAAAUUACAUACUUCAUCUUUAAAUUCCAUUCCAUUGCAUUUAUUUGCAUAAUACAUAUUAGAAAAGUUGGUACCUGGGAAACCCCUUUGCAAAUACUAAGCAAUCUUGAUUAAAGGCAAUGCUGAGAGUAUGGGAAAAAAUACAUCCUUAAACUUUAACCAUCUGAUAAUCUAGGGUCAACUUUCAGUGAUGACUCUGCCAAUAUGAAUUUAAAUAGUGUACUACCUGGAAACAUGAGGAAUGCAUUGAUUGUUCUGGUCUUAUGGCAGGCAAGAUGGGUGUAAAGUAUAAGUGUAGGUGUGGCACUUGUUUACUUGGAGUCAAAUGUUCUGUGGAAGUCAAACUUGAGUGAGCAUAUCUGAUUUGCAGAGAUUGUGAUAUUAAAAAGAAUCAUAAAAUAAAUUAGGAAUUUGAACAGCAAACCUAUUGUAAAAGAAAUUACACUCAAUUGAACUCAAAGAACAUGCUAGUUGUUCCUCGCUAGUAUUAUGCUGUUUUAAAGGUGCUCUCAGUAACUGUAUUACACAAAGAAAUUUACUCUUUUUUUUCAUCACUUUUGAAAAUGUUUGAAAUCAUAUUCGCAUGAGAUUAAGACUCCAGUCAUAUUAGUAUCUUAAAAAACAUUUUAUUUUACAUGAAGCGGGUACCCUUCUGGGGACCACCAUGUUGAGAUCACAUGACCAGCCAAAUGCUACUUUUUUUUUAUUCUGGUAACCCCUCUAUUAUCAGAUUCUUUCUGUAUACUUUCACUCAUAGAAUAAUUUGCUGAUAGCAAGUAGUGCAUUUCUACAAAGGGUUUGGGAAUUAAAAUUAUUGGUUUUUCAGUAUGCAGCAUAAAUGUGUACAACCCCCCUGAACAUAAAGAUAUAUUUCUAUUUCUAAAUGAUUACUAUUACAAUUCAUGCGAAGAUUAUAAAAUUGAAAUGUAUUAAACAUAUACUUAAUAACAAAAUCGAAAAUAUGCUAUCAAUAUCUGUAAAAAUAAUUAAAUUAGACAGCUUUGCUUAAGGGUUGCAAAAAUUAGUACACCCUUUAAUAAAUUCAACUAGUGUGCAAUAUUAUAGUACUUAGAAAGUCCUCCAUAACUUUUACAUAUUGCUCUGACCCUUCUUGAAUUCAAGUGUACAAGUUCAUGACAUAUUGUCGCAUCUAUCUUGUUCCACUCUUGGAGGAUGACCUUGUUGAGUACUCUGAUGUUUAAUGGGGAGUGAUGCUUGACUUGCACCACACAGGUGCUCAAAUAGGGUUUAGGUUGGGUGACAUACUAUCUUGUUUAUCCAUAGGAAUGCAGCAGUGGCAUUGGAAUAAUGUUUAGGGUCAUUGUCAUGGUAAAAAAGUGCCCGACCACACAUCAGGGUGGGGAAAGAGGGUGGCAUCUUAUCUCUUUUUAAGAUUUUGCAGAACAUCUGUAAAUUCAUGAUGCCAUUGAUGAAGUGCUAUUCCCCCACACCUUCAGCACUCAUAAAUCCCCAUAUAAGAACUUCACCACCACUGUAAAGUACAUUAAUGUGGGUACCAUGUAAUUCCCACUGUACUCCUCCCCAUGUGAUACCAUGUAUUUUGGAUUCCAUCAAAUAAAAAAUAAAUAAAAAGACUUUGGCUCAUGAGACCAGCUUAAAGACUCUCAAAGGUCUGCACCUUUAUCAGCAUGGGCCUUAGCAAAGGGUAAACAAGCUUCUUUAUGCUUUGGGUUCAGCAGUGCCAUCAUGCAUGGAUGACAACCAUGCAUUCCACUUCUUUGCAUAGUGUCUUAUUGUGUGAGAUGAAACAGUCACUCUAGUUUGGCUUCCCACAGCUUUUGCCAGAUUUGAGGCACAUGCUUGGCAAUUGUUAUAUUAAAAAAACAAACAAAAAAAAA